GAAACGCGUCAUGUGACCCAUCCGCUCACUUCUGCGCAUGACCGUUACACCAGUGAGGUCCACUGCUAGUAAAUAAUGUUGACUGUUCCCUUGCAUUAAUGUAUUUCCUUACUCCUUAGGUCUUAAAGUCAAGUUGAACAAUCAGAACGAAUUAUUAACAGAAGGUAUUGGCGGGCUCUGACAAGGAGGUAGGUUUGUUUCUCUCUCCGGUAUCCCCGGGAUCUACCCGCAGACCAGAACCAUGUCGUUAGCCCAGAGGGUCCUGCUCACGUGGGUCUUCACCCUGGUCUUCCUCAUCAUGCUGGUGGUGAAGCUCGACGGGAAGGUGCAGUGGAACUGGUUCCUCAUCUUCCUCCCCGUGUGGGUCUUCGACGGCAUCCUCAUCAUCAUGCUGGCCGUCAAGAUGGCGGGCCGCUGCAAGCCCGGCUACGACCCGCGCAACGGCUCCCCGGCCCUGCGGCUGCGGGCCUGGUACCUCACGGCCAUGCUGCUCAAGCUGGGCUUCUGCCUGAGCCUCUGCGCCAAGCUGGAGCGGCUGGCCGACAUCAAGCUGACCCUGGUCUGCAUCCCGCUGUGGACCGUGCUACUGGGGGCUCUGGUGGAGCUGGGGCUCAACAUCUUCCCCGAGAGGAGGGAGGCCUGAGGGGGGGACCGCGGGGGAGGGGGGAGCUGGGAGGGCGACCAGGCACUACGGGACUCCCCGGAGGAAAAAGGCACCAUCAUGAUCGCAUAGAUUAAUGUUAUCUUCGGAUCAUUUUAGACAAUCGACUGAUGUUGCAGGAUCCAGAUGUGCGCGCCACUAUUGGAGGACUACACAUCUGCAUUCCCCUCUGGGAGGCAGGGCUGAUCUCAGUCAUGGUUCACACAAACUAAUGAUGCAUGAUUCUGAAUAUCUGAGACGCUGAACCGUGUAGGAGGCAGAUGCAUAAUACGGACUACACAUCUGGAAAGUCUCGUUUCCCUGUAAUGAAGAAACAGGGGAGAUGGGAGGGCUGGACUGGACUGAUGUCCGGGAGGACACAUGGAAGUGUGCAUGGUCAUCUUCCUAACCUCGGUGGUGACCCAUCGGAGAUGCUUUUGCGCAACAGCUGCACAAAACUUUUGGCCAUCAAGUUGUUAAAAGCGUCUUGCGGAAUGAAAAGAAGACCAGAGAAGCUUAUCUGUUAAGAAAAGAUACCUGAAGCGUGGCUCAAUGCUGCAGAAGGAGACUCCACGUUAAUGUUAUCUUCUACUGUUUGAACGAACACUGGACGAGUUAACUCCCCGGUUCAUCUGACCUGUCCCAUGGAGAACACGAGGUCCGCACUUAGUGGAACCUUGCAUGUGAUGUGGAACGUGACACCAGGGGCCUAUUGUCUAUACGAUGAAACAACUUAAAAGCCUUUUUAUACUUUUAGCUGUUCGAUGAUAGAUGUAGUAUGUUUUUGAUACAUACUAAAAUAAUCUUAGGUCUAACUGAACUGUUUUUGUACUUGUACCAUUAAGAUAAUCCUCCAUCUUGAAGUAGGCCAAUAACCAGCCCAAUCAUUCCAUACUCUUUGAACUACAAGCAAGGUGCUGUUGACCUUGUGCUAUGUAAAUGUUGAACUCUGAGCUGCUGUGAAUAUAUAAGCUGUUUAUUGCGUCUUUGCACUAAUGUCCAACGUAAGAGAAAAUGUACCUGUACAUAGAGGUGAGCCUGUAAGGAGAGUUGACGCUGUCUAACGUGGGGAAUGACUAUGUUCAAUGGACUUACUGAAAUAAGUGAUACACAGAAUACCAAUACCUUUUCCUGUGGGGGUUGCGUGUAUUCAUUCAGUGUUCAUUAAGGAGUUGUCUCUUUAAACCUUAGGGCCUUGAUUUAAACAGCAUGUAUUAUCUAUUCCCGAGGGGAGGUUAUGGAAACUUGUCAAUUUUUGUGAAAUCCAUACUUUCUUUCCCCCUGUAACAUUGUUUUGGCCUAUCUUGCUCAAUAAUUUUAAUUUCAAGAAGGAAAAUAACAUUGACAUAAAAUAUUGGGCAUUGGUCAGAAUAUGAUUGAAUAAAUUUUCCAGUGUACAUAACGUUAUCUCUUUAGGCAGCUUAUUAAACCAGUGCCCAAGGGUAGUACUAUAAGCUCAUAAAUACACAUGUAAUAUAAACAACAAUCAAACAUAAACAAUUCAGUGACUAAGUAUCUAUUAAAAAAACACAUCAACACUAUUGAUGACGAUUAUUGAAAUCGGAGGACCAAAAACGAGGGCUAUAAUAAAAUAUGGUGGAAUCUAAUAUUUCCGUUUUAA